GCGAAACAAAUUAGUGCGAAACUAAUUCACACUUCACACUUAGAUGUCCCAAUCCGUGUACCUGGACCAAUUCUACAUCGCACCGGUCAAGGCGGCUCUGAGUUUCACACUUUCAGGCGACGAUGGCCAAGAAAAUCAGGACAACAGCUCGCCUGUGAUCAUCCUUCUGCGGUCGAUCGGUGGGUCUGUCAGCAACAUCACACGUGCGCCUAUCAUGCUCAAGUCAGUGGAAGUGACGCAGACUAUGACCACCACCAAUCUGUUUGCCAAUCAAAUCGGGCGCCACUACAGGCGCGUGGGGUUGCAACAGAUUUACAAAGUGUUUGGCAGUGUGGAGUUGCUUGGCAACCCCGUAGCAACGGUCAAUGAGGUGGCGUUUGGGUUCACUUCGUUUGGGUCCCAAAUAUCCAAAGGCGCCAAAAGUGGACACCUUAACUACGGCAUAGCUGGUGGUUUUAGAACUCUGGGCGCCUACAGUCUGUCUGGAGUGUUGGGUGCGUUUGUGCGUAUUACGAUGAGCUUUGGCAAUUUGGUGUCGCUGGCAACCUUCGACAAAGAGUACUUGGACGCCAGACGCCGACGUACCAAGAACCUGUCCAACAGUCCGUCGGACAACUUCUACGUGGGGGGCUAUUUGUUCGUGCAGGGGGUCUUAGUUGGGGUGUGCGGUGUCAUAGUCAAACCCAUCAAGGGUGGUCUGCAGUACGGUGCACAAGGCGCAGCCAAAGGAUUGGCUAAGGGGGCAAUAGGCUUCUUUGUGAGGCCCUUUUUGGCGGUCUUUGAUAUCUUUACCUACUCCAUGAACGGCAUUGUGACCCUGGCCACCAGCGGUCGCUUCAAGGGCCGUGUGCGCCCUCCGCGGUACAUCGACACCGAUCGCAUUGUGCGACCGUUUGACAUACACUCGUCCACAGGCGCUAACAUGCUCGCAUGGAUGCGCAACGGCAAGCACCUGCACGAGGAGUAUGUCAACCACGUGGACCUGUCAGCGUACACACAGGUGGAUCACCAGUCCGGUUGUGCUGGUGACCAGAAGGUACGGAGAGUGUUUUUAUUUUUGGUCAACCAACUGGCGGGUAAGACCUUUGUGAAGAAACAGGUGCGCCUGUCCGAAAUCGAGGGCAGGGCCGUCUCUGCCCGAGGUAUCGAACUUCACUUGAAAGAAACCGAUGCACAUGGCAUGGAGAUGAUUGUAUAUUAUGACGAUAGUUUAUAUUGA